GUUGUUGUUUUGAAGGAAAUCGAAUCUGGCUAUUUGGAAUGAUUUCUUCUAUUGAAGUUAGCCUUCUAAAGAGGAAAAGAAUUGCUGCAACUUUCAAUUUUAGUAAUGACAUGGAGUAUGGAAGGUCAAAUAACCUAUGUGGAUGAAGAUCAAUAUCUCAUAUUAGUAGGACAUGAUAAAAUAUUUUAGUCAAUAUAUUUUCUAGUAGUUGCUUUUUUGAGACAAAUAAUAUACUGUGGGGGGAAGAUUGCAAGCAGAAGCUGAGAAAGUAGAGUUGUGCCAAGUGUGGGAGGAGGGGAGGGUGGAGUCAGAGAGUAUUGGUGGUGGGGACCAAAGUUUCUUGGGAAGAGAAGAGAAGAAGUCCAGACAUUUAGCCAAGGUAGCUACAGGAUCUGUGAGUGGAUAAAAGCCUAAGCAUGGAGAAGCUACUGAAGGAAUUCAAUGUACCGGCAAAGCAUGGAUCAGAAGAGGAGCUGAGCUUGUGGAGAAAGCUUGUCAUGCCUGUCAAGAACCCCAGGCGGCGUUUCCGUUAUGUGGCAAAUCUUGACAAGAGAUCGGCAGUCCUAGAACAAAAGGCAAAAAUUGGAGAAAAAUUACAGGCCUGCUUGGUGCUUUACAUGGAAGAACUAGAGUCUACUGAUGCUGGUGAUGACUUUAUGAAUGGCUAUAGAGGCAGAAGAAACGCUCCAAGAAGAUAAAGAAAAAGAAUUUCUGAAUCAGGCUUCCGCUGCAGGCUGUGGAAGUGAGUCAUCUCGACUUGCAUUGCCUAUAAUUUCAUGAACUUAUCCGUGAAAUCAUGAUGACAGGUGAUCCUGUCAGCUCUAUAUAUGUGUUUUAUGUUUGACUUUCUGGAUAAUGAUGAAGCUGUGUUUUCUUAUUGGAUGUAUAGCAAAUCAUGUUUUGCUAUGACAUGGGACCUUGAUCUGUAUCAUUAAACAGAAGCCUGGUCUUCCACUCUCGGACUCUGGAUUGCACCAAUAGCUUGUAUCUUACUGUGUGGUAUAACUUGUUACUUUUUCUCAUUGUUGGGUGAUCAAAGCAUAUACUAUACGCUUGU